UACACAUAAGCUUAACUUUCACAUGUUGUCUUGAUAGACACCAUCUUCUGGUUUGGACAUCACCAAACCAACUUGUUUGAUCACAGGCUGUUGUUUGCUAUGGUGCAUAAGGAAGCCAACUGCAUUGGUAGAAUUCACUCCUUAGGGGCUUCUCAACUUUGGGUUACAUAUCUCCACCUUCUGUAUGCUGUUCAUUUCAGAGAUCAUUGACCAGCAUAGCAGGUGUUCCUACCAAUGACUGGGUAUCUGAAUCCCAAUUCUUAUAUAAUGAUAUAAUCCAUUAUAUAAUAAUAAUAACCGUGUAAAAUUCACCUCAUCUAUAUAAUGUAUAUCAUAUAGCUAUACAUAAUUAUUUACUAUAUACAGAUGAUGACAAUAUUGGGUAGCAUGUACUGGAGAUUAUUGUGCCAAGCACUUCACAUGGAUGAUUUUAUUGACUUCUCAUAACAACCUUGUGCGACAUUAGUUUUAUCUCUGUUUUAUGGAUUGGAAAAAUGAGGCUGGUAGAUGGUAACAAACACGCCCACUGGUAAGGUGAACAUUCAAACCUAGGCAAUUUGACUUUAGCUAGCCAUAAUUUCAACCAGUUUCUUGUAAUGUAGGCACUAGUUCAAGGAAGACCUCCACCUAGGUGACUGUGAGAUGUUUUAGUGAAAAUUGUAGAAUGUAACACUGCAGGGAGUCAGGUGCUUCUGCAGUCUGAAAAGACUCACCAAGAGCAAAGAACAAAGAGAUUCAGGGCCAACUGGCGACUCUUCUCCCAGAUCCAGAAGUAGAAACAGAAGGGCUUCAGUGGCCCCUGGAGUUGGGCAACCCAGGAAAAGCCAGGCCUGGGUACUGGAAUGCAUGUUAUUCUUCCACAGUUAUUGAUAGGGCAUUGUGAUUCCCUGGGAGAGGGUGGCAUGGAGCAUUUGCUUUUAUGAGUUAUUAAGGCCGCUAUUGUAGCCAAAUCUAUUCAUACUAUUGGGGUUUUGGUCUCCUUCUUGCCUCUGUUGACAACUCAGAACUCCACUUCUUUUUUAAAAAAAAUUUUUUUAACGUUUAUUUAUUAUUGAAAGACAGAGACAGAGCAUGAGCAGGGAAGGGGCAGAGAGAGAGGGAGACACAGAAUCUGAAGCAGGCUCCAUCUGAGCCAUCAGCACAGAGCCUGACGCGGGGCUCGAACUCACAAACCACGGGAUCAUGACCUGAGCUGAAGUUGGACACUCAACCAACUGAGCCACCCAGGCGCCCCUCAGAACUCCAUUUCUGUAGUAACAUUUGAAAUGCUCUGCAAAUCUCUGCCUUGGUCAUAAACAUUCAGUUUGUUAAGUGUGUUCAAGAGAGAGUCCUACAAAAUACUUAUUCCAGGUGUUGGUGUUCCUUGAAGAAGUCUUUGGUGGUGUGUGUAUAUUGGUUGGAGGAGGCAAGGAAGGAGGGGAUAGAACGUUUUGUUCUAUAUAAGAGCCUUCAUAAGCUCCCCAAGACUCUGUUUAGGGAGUGAGUUGUCAAUCUGGCAUCAUGUUUUUCCCUCAGAAAAAACCAGAGAGGUUGCUAUAGUUCAAGGAAAAUUAUCCGAUGCUUCAGCCAGUGGUUUGCUCCUGUGGAACAAUAGUGUGAACUAUUUUAUUGGAUAUUUGAUUUAAUUCUUUUAUCUUUAUUAACCAAGAGUUAACCACUAAUGAUGCUAAGUGUCUGAUCACUUGGAUAUAAUUAAAAUUUUUGAGUUUCUAUUUACACGUAUGGCAUGGAUUAUCUGAAGUAAAAGGAGAUAAAUUCUAACAAAAUUUUGAUGGAACAGAUAAUGCUUUGCUUUUUCUUAUGCCAGUGUCCAUAAAUACUCUAUGUAUCUAAUAUCCCAGGUGAUGAGAGUGAAUAUUCCAGUAACGUAAAUGUUUCAUGUGAAGUGAGCACAUAACAGAAUGAAUCUCUACCCUCUGAGAAAUUUUAUUCUAUGAAUUGUAAAGAGUAUCUUGUCAGAAAUAUAUUAGCAUACCUUGACCCCCCGCCUCCUGCAACAUAUAGAUAAACAUUCAUUACUGGUCAAUACACAGGACUUAUACUACUGCUUACCUGACGGGCUAAACACUCUUUGCAAAUACACUCUUUGCACAGGUUUAUUUAAUCCAAAAUAAAAGUACUGACCUAUUUCAUCAAGGUCCUCUGUUUCAUUCACAUGAUCUCUCCUGAUUUCCUUACAACAAAUAAACCAGAACUUCCCUUUUGUCAUCUCUUGUCUUUAUGUAAAAAGGUGUAACAGUAUCAAAGGAAGAAGAGAAUUAGUGCUAUAUCCAUUAGAGACAAAGGGCUUGACUGUUGGCUUCUGGAAGUUAUUUUUUUCUUUUUUCUCAUUCAGUUAUUCUAAAUUUCUCUUGGCAACAAAACUGAGAUAGCCUCUUAAAUGGAAGAUAUUAACAAUUUAUCAUAUUAAUGCAAGAGCUAUCUAAAACAUUCUGUAAGAGCUUCUAGUUCUCUGGGUACUUUUGUACCUGGUCUGAUUUCAAGCAGGAAUGGGGGCUCUGAGUCUCACACUGUUGAUGAUUAUAUAGCUUUGGUCUUGAAGCCAACCUUACCCAGCAGGAAACUGAACUCUGAGUUCACUUGGAAUGGUCAGAACAUCUAGUCUUGUGGUUCUCAAUACUCUUUUGCAUCAGGCUCACCAGGGAUGCUCUAAAAAUUCAAAUGUCUGGGGAUAUGCUCCAGAGGUUGUGAUUCAAGCUCCUGAGUAGGUGCUCAAGUACUGAUCUAUUUUGGAAGCUUUUAUGUGAUUUUUAAUGUACAUCUGGGGUUGAGAACCAGUUAUCUAGUUACAACCUCAUCAUUUAAAAGAAGAUAGUACUGAGGUGAAGGAAGAGAAGUCACUUGGCAGAAGUUACAAAUUCCUCUGAGUACCAGUCUACUACCCUUUUUAUCACAUGAUCAUUAUAAAUAAUAACGUAAGUAAUAUUUUCAUUUUUUUAUGUCUAUGUAUUUUUGAGACAGAGACAGAGCAUGAUCUGGGGAGGGGCAGAGACACAGGGAGACGCAGAAUCCGAAGCAGGCUCCAGGCUCCAAGCCGUCAGCACAGAGCCUGACAUGGGGCUCCAACCCAUGAACCAUGAGAUCAUGACCUGAGCCAAAGUCAGAUGCUUAACUGAUCAAGCCACCCAGGUGCUCCUAAAAUAGCUAAUAUUUAAUAAGUGCUUUCUAUGUAUUAAGCACUAACACCUCCACAGGGCAGAUACUCAUAUACUCCGCAUUUUACAGGUAAAAAAGGCUGAAGGAAUUGUCCAAAGUCCCCUAACAAGCAAGUGGCAGAUCUGGGAUUUGAGUCAAGCAAUUGGACUCCUCAGUGGGAAUGAGAUCCCGAAACCAGGGUGGUGAAAGUUCAUCCAAUGGGCAUCUUUCCUGCCCCAAGUCCUCUAUCAUCAGCAAUGCUGAUGAUAAAAGUUUCUCAGAAGAUGCAAAAAAGAAGAAUAAAUCAAACAGAAAGGAGGAUGAUGUCAUGGCCUCAGGAACUGUCAAACGACACCUAAAACCAUCUGGAGAAAGCGAGCGAAAGAAUAAGAAGUCCUUGGAGUUAUCCAAAGAAGACCUUAUACAGCUACUCAGUAUAAUGGAAGGAGAGUUGCAGGCCAGGGAAGAUGUGAUCCAUAUGCUGAAGACGGAGAAAACCAAGCCUGAGGUUCUGGAGGCUCAUUACGGGUCUGCAGAACCAGAGAAAGUGCUCCGAGUCCUGCACCGAGACGCCAUCCUAGCCCAGGAGAAAUCUAUAGGAGAAGAUGUCUAUGAGAAACCAAUUUCAGAGCUGGACAGACUUGAGGAAAAACAGAAAGAAACCUACCGGCGCAUGCUAGAGCAGCUGCUGCUGGCAGAGAAGUGUCACAGGCGCACCGUGUACGAGUUAGAGAGCGAGAAGCACAAACACACUGACUACAUGAACAAGAGCGACGACUUCACCAACCUGCUGGAGCAGGAGCGGGAGAGGUUGAAAAAGCUCCUUGAACAAGAAAAGGCUUACCAGGCCCGAAAAGAAAAGGAAAAUGCUAAGCGACUCAAUAAACUAAGAGAUGAGCUUGUGAAACUCAAGUCCUUUGCACUCAUGCUGGUGGAUGAAAGGCAAAUGCAUAUUGAACAACUUGGCCUGCAAAGCCAGAAAGUACAGGAUCUUACUCAGAAACUGAGGGAAGAAGAAGAAAAGCUCAAAGCCAUUACUUCCAAAUCCAAAGAAGACAGGCAGAAACUGCUCAAGUUGGAAGUGGAUUUUGAACACAAGGCUUCGAGGUUUUCUCAAGAGCAUGAAGAGAUGAAUGCUAAAUUGGCUAAUCAAGAGUCUCACAACAGGCAACUUAGACUCAAGCUGGUUGGCUUGAGUCAGAGAAUUGAGGAACUGGAAGAGACCAACAAAAACCUUCAAAAGGCAGAGGAAGAACUUCAGGAAUUAAGAGAUAAAAUUGCCAAAGGGGAAUGUGGCAACUCCAGCCUUAUGGCUGAAGUGGAAAAUCUCCGGAAGCGCGUGUUAGAAAUGGAGGGUAAAGAUGAGGAGAUCACUAAAACUGAAUCCCAGUGCAGGGAAUUGCGGAAGAAGCUGCAAGAGGAAGAACACCACAGUCGGGAACUCAAACUUGAAGUCGAGAAGUUACAGAAGAGAAUGUCUGAACUGGAGAAAUUGGAGGAAGCAUUUAGCAAGAGUAAAUCUGAGUGUACCCAGCUACAUCUAAACCUGGAGAAAGAAAAGAACUUAACCAAAGACCUGCUAAAUGAGCUGGAGGUGGUCAAGAGUCGAGUUAAAGAACUGGAAUGUUCUGAAAGUCGAUUGGAAAAGGCUGAAUUAAGUCUAAAAGAUGACCUUACAAAGUUGAAGUCAUUUACUGUGAUGCUGGUUGAUGAAAGGAAAAAUAUGAUGGAAAAAAUAAAGCAAGAAGAGAGAAAAGUGGAUGGACUCAAUAAAAAUUUUAAGGUGGAACAAGGAAAGGUUAUGGAUGUAACUGAAAAACUAAUUGAAGAAAGUAAGAAGCUUUUAAAACUGAAAUCUGAAAUGGAGGAAAAGGUGUACAAUUUGACAAAAGAAAGAGAUGAGUUAAUAGGUAAACUGAAAAGCGAAGAAGAAAAAUCCUCUGAAUUAAGCUGCAGUGUUGACUUAUUAAAGAAGAGACUUGAUGGAAUAGAGGAAGUGGAAAGGGAAAUAACAAGAGGAAGGUCUCGAAAAGGAUCUGAGCUCACCUGCCCAGAAGAUAACAAGAUUAAGGAACUAACACUUGAAAUUGAGAGACUGAAGAAACGCCUCCAACAAUUGGAGGUGGUUGAGGGGGAUCUGAUGAAGACGGAGGAUGAGUAUGAUCAGUUAGAGCAGAAAUUUAGAACUGAGCAGGACAAGGCUAAUUUCCUCUCUCAACAACUGGAGGAGAUAAAGCACCAAAUUGCCAAAAAUAAAGCAAUCGAGAAAGGUGAGGCUGUGAGUCAGGAAGCAGAGCUGAGACACAGAUUUCGGUUAGAAGAAGCUAAAAGUCGAGACUUAAAAGCCGAAGUACAAGCUCUUAAAGAGAAGAUCCAUGAAUUAAUGAACAAAGAAGAUCAACUUUCUCAACUUCAAGUGGAUUAUUCUGUCCUUCAACAAAGAUUUUUGGAAGAAGAAAAUAAGAACAAAAACAUGGGGCAGGAGGUCCUCAAUCUGACCAAAGAGUUGGAGCUUUCGAAGCGUUAUAGCCGAGCUCUUCGACCCAGUGUGAAUGGGAGAAGAAUGGUGGAUAUUCCUGUGACGUCAACUGGAGUGCAGACUGACGCGGUGAGCAGUGAGGCGGCAGAGGAGGAAACACCAGCAGUGUUUAUACGGAAAUCCUUUCAAGAAGAAAAUCACAUCAUGAGCAAUCUUCGACAGGUAGGAUUGAAAAAACCUAUGGAACGAUCCUCUGUUCUAGAUAGGUAUCCUCCAGCAGCAAAUGAGCUCACUAUGAGAAAGUCUUGGAUUCCAUGGAUGAGAAAAAGGGAAAAUGGGCCCCCAAUCACUCAGGAGAAAGGGCCUCGAACAAAUCCCAGUCCAGGGCACCCAGGAGAACUGGUCCUUUCACCAAAGCAAGGCCAGCCUCUGCAUAUUCGAGUGACACCAGACCAUGAGAAUAGUACUGCAACUUUGGAAAUAACAAGCCCAACAUCUGAAGAAUUUUUUUCUAGUACCACCGUCAUUCCUACCUUAGGGAAUCAGAAACCAAGGAUAACCAUUAUUCCAUCGCCAAAUGUCAUGUCUCAAAAACCAAAAAGUGGAGAUGCUACUCUUGGCACAGAACGAGCCAUGUCCCCGGUCACGAUUACUACAUUUUCUAGAGAGAAGACCCCAGAAAGUGGAAGAGGUAUGUUUGCAGAUAGGCCCACAUCCCCCAUUCAGAUAAUGACAGUGUCUACAUCAGCAGCACCAGCUGAGAUUGGAGUCUCUCCUGAAUCCCAGGAAAUGCCCAUGGGAAGGACUGUCCUCAAAGUCACCCCAGAAAAACAGACUGUUCCAACUCCACUACGGAAAUAUAACUCCAAUGCCAAUAUCAUAACCACGGAAGACAAUAAAAUUCACAUUCAUUUAGGUUCUCAGUUUAAACGAUCCCCUGGGACUUCAGCUGAAGGAGCAAGUCCAGUUAUUACUGUCCGACCUGUCAACGUGACAGCUGAAAAGGAGGUUUCCACAGGCACCGUCCUUCGCUCCCCUAGGAACCAUCUCUCAUCGAGACCUGGUGCGAGCAAAGUGAUGAGCACUAUCACCAUAACACCGGUCACAACCUCAUCUACUCGAGGAACCCAGUCAGUGUCAGGACAAGACGGGUCAUCCCAGCGACCUACACCCACCCGCAUUCCUAUGUCAAAAGGUAUGAAAGCAGGAAAGCCAGUAGUGGCAGCCCCAGGAGCAGGAAAUCUGACCAAAUUCGAGCCUCGAGCUGAGACUCAGUCUAUGAAAAUAGAGCUGAAGAAAUCGGCAGCCGGCAGCGCUACCUCUCUUGGAGGGGGGAAGGGCUGAGGGCAGUGGCUGAGGGGGUAUGUUGUGCAGAUGCUACUGCUGCCGUGAAAACGGACCUUCGUCUGUUUGUGCCAACUCUCUACAUGUACUAACAAGUUUUAAAUAUCUUGUUUAUAAAAUAAUCGACUAAUAGCCAUGUGUGUUUCCUAUUUUGUAAAUUUGUUUUGAUGCUAGAGAAAAGAACUAACCAGCAGAACUACAGUUUGCUGUGUGCUUUGUUGAGGAUGCUGGGCCUGAGGCAGGGCCUGACUUCUAGUCCCAUUUUUGCUUCUAGAAAGUGGACCCACCAGUUAAUCCAUCUGAGCCUCAGUCUCUUUGUCAGUAAGAUAUGUGAGCUGGAUCUCAUCAUCUCCAAAGACAGAUCCCAUAUUUCCUAAUUGUAAAUCAGAUUUAAUAGGCCUAUCUCCACAAUAAUUGAUUUUUCAGAAAUUCUAUUAUGAAAUAGGAAAUAGUUUAACAAUUGUCAUUUGCCUCUAUCAGAUCCCGAAUUUGCUUCAUGUGCUGGAAAAAACACCUCCUAGCUCUCACAGGGCCUGGACCUCUAAAGUUUUGCAAAACUAAAGCCUCUGGGAUGAUUUCAGGAAAUAAUUUGAAUAUGAAAUAAAAUGAAAAUGAAAUAUGGAAUCCUAAAAACAGAGUUUUACUUAUUUGUGUGUGUCUGUGUGUACUAAAGAGGUUUUGGCCAUCUCCAAAACAUUCCCAGAAUUUUAGAAAUGAUAAUUUUAGAACCACUAAUGUCAAACUCAUGCUCUAUUCAAGUGUGCAAUUGAUUUAAAUUGUGGAGCAGUUUGAAUAGAGCUGCCAAAUGGCCCUUCUAUCCAUUACAACCUCAACAGAGGUUGUAAUGGAUAGAAAAUAGAAGAAAGUAAUUGUGAUACACUAAUGCCAAGAAAAAAAAAUGACAUCAUGCACAGCUUAAUUGAAUUCAAAUAUUUUCCUCAGUUGAAUGUGGACUUUACUUGCAAAUAUAGAACCAGUUCAUGAUUGUGGUGUGUAUGUGUGUGUGUGUGUGUGUGUGUGUGUGUGGUGUGAUGAAAUGAAUUAUUAUUCCUGUCAGUUUUACUUAUAUUUGUAUUAUUUUCAUUAAUUUCAAGCAUGUUUUAAUAAGCAUGAAACUGUGUGAAUGCAAAAUGCCAGGUGUCUUUGUGAGAGGAUUAACCAUGUUAUUAAAGUGGACAUUGUGCUUCCUGGUCAAAUAACCACAAAUGAGCUCAAGGCUAAUAAUCCGCAGCUUAGCAUCUGAGGUCUCAUGUAGGCAGCACCUUUGCCAAAAUUUUUAAGCCAAUUGAGUGAACUUUAUAAAAAUACAAUAACUAUAAAGUUACAGGUUGUUAUUUUUCCACUUCUGAAUUGUGAGGGUUCCAAAAUUAUUUGUAUAGUCCCUGCUGUUGAUAUUUGGGGAAAGAUAGAUUUUUUUAAAAAAGAUAUUUGAUUAGCUUUUAUCAUUAAAUCAUCAUGCUUCAUAAUAAAGAGGCUCUUCUUUGAGUUCUUUCCAUACCAAUUUCCUAUCUCUUGCAGAACUUGGACUUGAAUUGUAUAUGAUGGCGGUAGAUGCCUCACAGAAUUCAUACAUUUUUUUAAUGUUUAUUUAUUUUGAGAGAGAGAGAGCACAAGCGGGAGAGGAGCAGAGAGAAAGAGAGGGAGAGAGAGAGAGAGAAUCUGCACUGUCAGCACAGAGCCCAACAUGGGGCUUGAUCCCACAACCCUGGAUCACGACCAGAGCCAAAAUCAAGAGUCGGAUGCGUAACUGACUAAGCCACCCAGGUGCCCCCAUAUUCUUUUUAAUCAGGUAUCUUAUUGCCUGUAGCUUAUCAGUUCUCAGCAUAUGUAUUAAAAGAUGUUGAGUAACCAUACUAACAUGCCAUAAUAAUGGGAUUUCAAGGUAGCAGGAGAGAGACUGAGAAAAAUGAUUUUAUAAAAUGAGAUUUUGAGGGGCACCUGGGUGGCUCGGUUGGUUAAAGGUCUGACUCUUGAUAUUUGCUCAGGUUAUGAUCUCAUGGUUCCUGAGACUCAGCCCCUGGUGGCCUCCACACUGACAGCACAGUGUGGAGCUUGCUUGGGAUGAUUCUCUCUCUACUUCUCUCUCUCUGCCCCUCUCCUGCUUGCACACUCAAGCCUUCUUUCUCUCUCAAAGUAAAUAAAUAAACUUUAAAAAAUGUGAUUUUUGGGGGGCGCCUGGGUGGCUCAGUCGAUUAAGCGUCCGACUUCAGCUCAGGUCAUGAACUCGUGGUUUGUGAGUUCGAGUCCCGCGUCGGGCUCUGUGCUGAUAGUUCAGAGCCUGGAGCCUGCCUCAGAUUCUUUGUCUCCCUCUUUCUCUGCCCCUCCCCCACUCAUGCUCUGUCUCUCUCUGUCUCAGAAAUAAACAAACAUUAACAAAAAAAUUUUUAAUGUAAUUUUUAACAAGUUUAAACAAGAUAUCUUUCCAUUUCCAAUACUGACUUGUAUUUUCUUAAAAGGAAAUUUUCCCCUUUUAUAAAGUGCACAACCACCCCUUUGAGGAAAGAAAAAAAGGAUAUUCACUCUUUUUUGAAAUGCUUCUUUGGCAUUUAGGGUAUUUAGUGUUACUGUGAACAAAUGGUGUCAAAAAUGAAAACUGAGACAUUAUAUUACUUCUGACUCUACCUGUCAUUCUCCAAUGAUUUUUAUUAUAAUCUAUUGUCACCGAUGCUGUUUUUUGCUUUUACCCACUCAUACCAUGCUUAUUUCAUUCCUGCCUAUUUCAUUUCUGCCUGGAAGUCCAUACCUGCCAUCUGCAGGGAGAGUGCCCUGAAAGGCUUAGCAGUGCAGGUACAGGAUGU